ACUGCUGAUCUAACCAGUUUCAAAUCCGAUAAUCCAGCGAUAAUAUUCUGGCUCUGGAUUCUUUGCUGGAAACUUGGCCACUAUAAGUACCAAGAUCUCCUCCUUAGAUCCACUACAAAUUGUCUUCUUGGUCUCUAAAGGGCCUGUUGCUUCUCUUUCCAGAAAGGAAAACCAAGCAGAUCCUUUGCCUGGAUUACACAGCUUUCUACAUUGGGUUAAAUUGGAUUUUAUUUUAUUGUUCCUGGAGCUUUCUCUGCACUUCUACUGUUGGGCCAUUGGGAGCACUGUCAGGCAAGUUUCAUCCUGACAAAGCCACAUACCUAUAGAGGUGAGCUUCUGCAAAACUCCAAAGAUGGUGUCUGUUUCUGACAUUUCUGUGAAGAAUGUGGAGCCUGUUCGGAAUCACGUAAUCUACAAGAAAGUGUCGCAUGACAAAGCUGUAACGCUCUACUUAGGGAAGCGAGAUUUCAUUGACCACGUAGAAGAUGUGGAACCUGUGGAUGGUGUGGUGAUGGUGGAUCCUGAUAUUGUCAAGAAGAAAAAAGUGUAUGUCACACUCACUUGUGCUUUCCGGUAUGGAGAUGAAGAUAUUGAUAUUAUAGGCCUGACUUUUCGAAGGGACCUAUAUAUUUCUAGGGUGCAGGUAUACCCAUCCCUGGAAAAACACAUGCCACUCUCCAGCUUGCAGGAAUGCCUACUGAAUAAAUUGGGGAAGAAUGCAUAUCCCUUCAUGUUAACGUUUCCAGACUAUUUGCCUUGUUCAGUCUGCUUGCAGCCAGGUCCACGUGAUAAUGGGAAGUCCUGUGGAGUAGAUUUUGAGGUCAAAGCUUUUGCUGCAGAUGAUCCAGAAGAGACAGUUCUCAAAAGGAAUUCAGUGCGUUUGCUCAUCCGCAAAAUCCAGUAUGCCCCAGAAGUGCCGGGACCCCAACCCCAAGCAGAGACCAGCUGGCAGUUUUUCUUGUCAAAGAGACCACUGCAUUUGAAAGCAUGUCUCAGCAAAGAGGUGUAUUACCAUGGUGAGGCCAUCCCUGUCACCUUGACUGUGAUCAACAAUACAGAAAAAGUGGUUAAGAAGAUUGGUGUUUCAGUGGAGCAAGUUGCCAAUGUGGUAUUGUAUUGCAGUGACUUCUACACCAAGUCAGUGGCUCUUGAAGAAAUAGAGGAAAAAGUAGAGCCAAACUGCAUUCUGACAAAGACGAUAACAGUUCUGCCCCGACUGGCAAGCAAUAGAACCAAAAAAGGCAUAGCGCUGGAUGGGAAGCUAAAGGAUGAAGACACCAACUUGGCUUCCAGUACCGUAAUUAAAGACGGAAUAGAUAAGACUGUUAUGGGAAUCCUGGUUGCUUACAAGAUAAAGGUGAAGCUGACUGUCUCGGGGCUGCUAGGAGAUUUCGUCUCCAGUGAGGUGAGUAUGGAAUUGCCCUUCCGUCUAAUGCACCCAAAGCGAGAGGAGAUCAAUCCUACAGACUAAAGGGAAGCUGCAAGCAGCCUCCAUCAUCAUGGUAUGUACAUAAUCUGAGUAAUCAAAUCAUAUUAACUUUUGAUGUAUUAUGUACAAACGCCGGAUUUAAAAAGAUGAUGAAGUUUUAAUGCAUUGCUUCUUACUUCCUUAUUUUGUCUCCCACUUGGAUUUGGUGGUCCAAAUAGCGGUUUCUUUCCUGACCAGACUCACAAUUAAAAGGUGUACUGUAAUAUUGCUCACCUACUUCAGCAGAUAGACCCCUCUGGUAGCAGAGCAGGUUAAACCGCUGAGCUGCUGAACUUGUUGACUGAAAGGUUGACGGUUCGAAUCCGGGGAGUGGGGUGAGCUCCUGCUGUUAGCCUCAGCUUCUGCCAAUUUAGUAGUUCAAAAACAUGCAAAUGUGAGUAGAUCAAUAGAAACUGCUUCUGCAGGAAGGUAACAGCACUCUAUGCAGUCAUGCUGGCCAUAUGACCUUGGAGGUGUCUACAUACAAUGCCAGCUCUUCGGCCUAGAAAUAGAGAUGAGCAUCACCCCCCAGAGUCGGACACAACUAGACUUAAUUUCAGGGAAAACAUUUACCUUUACUUACUUCAGCAAGUAGUUCUUCCUCUUCUUAUUUCACAGAUGACACUCCUAUCU